UUGGAAAGAUUUAGGAUGUCUGUGGAAAGGACAGCUCUUGUUUUUUAUCUGUAGGUGCUGCUGUGUGUUUAUAAUCAGAGCCUGGACUAUGCUUGGAGGGGUGGAGAACAUUGUAGCUCCUCAGUUUGCUGUUUUGUUCUUCCCUGGCUGUAGGCACUGGCUCCUUGCUGGCUCAGGGAGAGCUCAAGGCUGGUUUGCCAGCCUGCCUCUGCACGGAGCCUUGCACCAGAAAACAUGCAGCAGGGUGGGGAGAUGGGUGUUCCCUGAGGAUCUUGUGGGAAGAAAGGGGCUGGGAGUCAUGGAAAGCAGACAGCAGUGAAAAGAUGGGACUGGUUGAAGCAACAAACUCAAACCUGCUGCACCCCUCAGAACAGAUGAUCUGAGCUGCUUCUUUAACAGCGAUUUCUCACCUGUCUUUGGUGAUCAAGAGUUGUUAGUGUUGAGUGUGAUAGAAAUAUAAAUUACAUCAAAGCAGGAAAAGAGGUUCUAACUCAACAGUGUCUGGGCACAAACACAGAUUUACCAGAGCAUCCUUAAUCUCCAAAAUCAUUCAGUUAAAGGUAAUCUGUCCUUUAGAUUUUUAUUGAUUCGUGGCUCUUAUCAGGACUGUAUCUCUUUGCAGAGUUGUAGGAGAGCUGUUUGUGUAAUCUUUGUCCCUGGCAAAAUGAAAUAGCUACCAAGAGAGGUCAUGGAAAUAACACCUACCAGGUGCCUUCACACAGAGUAGAUAAGAUGGUGUGUUCAGGUCAGUGAUGUUCUCUCAGCAGGGAUUUGCUUUAGCUGCCGAGGCAGUGGCACCUUCAGCCCUGUAUUCAUAACUCAAAUAAGGAAUUUGUUUUCAGCACAGAGGACCUUCAUGCAGAGAUGAGACCACAGUGCGAUACCAAAAGCUGAAAUAAUGGAUUGAGGCUUCUUACUUCUUCUGUGUUAGAUAGUGUAAAAAUCAAGGAGGUCUGAAAGGCUCCUUCUCUGCAGCACCAUGCUGGAUCCCAAGCCUCACUCUGCAAGCCAGAGGUGAGUCCAGGUGAAAGCCAGCUACCACAGUAGUGUCAGGAUGACCAAAGCGCGGCUCCUCCGUCUGUCUGUGGUGCUGGUCUCCAUCUUCAUGAUCCUCCUGAUUAUUGUGUACUGGGACAACGUGGGGACAGCUCACUUCUACCUGCACACAUCCUUCUCCAGACCCCACUCCCCAGGAGCCAUCACAGCAGCUGAAGACUGGGAAGCCUUGCCAGAUGUAGAUGAAUUUUUGGCAAAGCUGCUGAGCUCGAGCCUGAAACAGAACACCUCUGUCCCCCGAAAGACAGAGCAGCUGCUCGUCCAGGGCUCCAACAAGCCUGUGGUGAGUAACUUGGAGGAGAACGUGCGGGGCUAUGACUGGUCUACGCACAAGGACAGGAACAGUUUGGACCAAGAGAAGCUGCAGGUAGAAAGGCAGAGAACACUGCGAGAGUUUUGUGCCAAUUCCAGCUUCACCUUCCCCACCAAGGAGCGCUCCUUCGAUGACAUUCCAAACUAUGAGCUCAACCACCUGAUCGUGGAUGACCGCCACGGUGUCAUCUACUGCUACGUGCCCAAGGUGGCCUGCACCAACUGGAAGCGUGUGAUGAUCGUGCUCAGUGAGAGCCUGCUGGACCAGGGGGUUCCCUACCGGAACCCUCUGGACAUCCCCCGGGAACACGUCCACAACACCAGCACCCACCUGACCUUCAACAAAUUCUGGCGCCGCUACGGGAAGUUCUCCCGGCACCUGAUGAAGAUCAAGCUGAAGAAAUACACCAAGUUCCUCUUUGUACGAGACCCCUUUGUCCGCCUCAUCUCCGCUUUUCGCAGCAAAUUCGAGCUGGAGAACGAGGACUUCUACCGGCGUUUCGCCAUCCCCAUGCUAAAGCUCUACUCCAACCACACCAACCUUCCCACCUCUGUUAGCGAGGCCUUCGGGGCAGGCCUCAGAGUCUCCUUUUCUGACUUCAUCCAGUACUUACUGGAUCCCAGGACAGAGAAGAUGGCCCCCUUCAAUGAGCACUGGAGGCAGGUUUACCGUCUGUGCCACCCGUGCCAGAUAGACUAUGAUUUCAUCGGGAAGCUGGAGACGCUGGAUGAGGACGCUGCUUAUUUAUUGCAGCUCCUCAAAGUGGACAGGCUGCUUCGCUUCCCACCCAGCUAUCGGAACAGGACUGCCAGCAGCUGGGAAGAUAACUGGUUUGCCAAAAUCCCACUGGCUUGGAGGCAGCAGCUCUACAAGCUUUAUGAAGCAGAUUUUGUACUCUUUGGCUACCCCAAACCAGAAAACUUGCUUAAAGACUGAAAGUGAUUGGGCACUGGGUGUGGGAGGGAACAUCUGAAAUACCAAAAAUGUUUAAAUCCUCCUCAUUUUUGCUCUUAACUCCCUUCCCAAUGCAAGUUGGUACAAUGGAAUAUAUUUUUUCUACUGCUUCCCCUUCCAUUUUUACAAUAAUGCCAGAGUCCAGGGUAUUACAGCCAGCUCUGCAUAUGCAAAAAAUGCCAUUUUUUUUGGGUUAUCAUUUGUUUUCUGUUUUUUAAAAUGUCCCCAUACUUUGCAAUGGGUUGCUGCCCUCAGUCACUCUGCCAAUCAUGUCCUUCAGUAGCUUUUUAUUAAUACUUUUUAAAAAUUAAUAUAUUUAAGAUAUUUAAAACAAAGCGUGUGUCAUGGCAAAGGAAGGGAAGGAAUAAAAAAAGUCAAAGAAAACCCCAAGAAAUUAUGUACCUGCCUCUGUGUGUUGUCUCAGUGCUGCUGUUUCAGAGGUCCAAGGUUUGCAGAGCACUUGGAUCUCUCUGGGGGUGGGGAUGUU